AUGCCAAGUCUCUACACCGUCCGCGUCCAUCCUUUCACCUCGCCAACACCGCACUCCUGCGCAUACGAGUACGGUGUAAGAGACUCACCUAAUGCGCUGGUAUAUAUUGGCGGUCUCACUGACGGACCGCAAACAUCAGAUCUGGUUCUCAAGAUAGACAGUGCCCUGGAAAACAUGGCGGAAACAGAUACCUUCUCGUAUUCCGUAUUCGAGUUUCGGAUGCGGAGCAGUUACACGGGAUUCGGAUAUUCAAGUCUGAAGAACGACGUCGAAGAUCUUGCGGCGCUGGUGGGGUAUCUAAAGGGAGAGGAUGUGAGGAAGGAGAAGGUGGUAGUAAUGGGGAGCUCGACUGGCUGCCAGGCUAUCAUGACAUACGCAACUACGCUUCCAGCGCCACCUCCUGUCGACGGAUACAUCAUGCAAGCACCUACUUCGGAUCGCGAGACUGCAAGUCUACUCAUGUCCCCGGAGUUCCUACAUACUAGUCUUCAGCAUGCUGAAGAUCUUAUUGUAAAGGGUAAGAAGAUGCAGAUUAUGCCGUCGUAUUUUAUUCCUCCGAUUUUCUCGUCGCCAAUUAGUGCAUAUCGCUGGCAUUCGCUUGUUUCUGUUGGGGGAGAUGAUGAUUUCUUUUCUUCCAAUCUACCUGCUUCUACGAUUGGGUCGUCAUUUGGUAGACUCGAUAAGCCGACGUUGAUUGUCAUGUCUGGAAAAGAUGAGAUGGUACCGCUAGCGGUGGAUAAAGAGGCGCUGUUGAAGAAAUGGGUGAAUGCGAUACCAAAGGGUUUGGCGGGUAAUCAGAGUGGUGUGCUGCCGGAUGCUGAUCAUGAGUUGACUACUGAUGGUGGCACCAGGCCUUUCAUAGACAAGUUUUGUACGUUUCUCAAAGACCUGGAGAAGAUAGGGUAA